AUGUCGGGCCGAAAACCUCGGUCCGUGGCCAAUCCUCUGGAGUCUGCAAUCACAACACCGAGUGAGAGGAUACUGAAAGAGUGUCACAGUCUGUAUGUGGACAGCGAACACGGCUUGGUUAAAAUUGCCAACAGCCUGGGAGUGCAGCUUCUUCCUCCUAGAAAGAAAAUUGUUGUCAUGAUAAUGGGAAAUCAUUCAGCAGGCAAGAGUUCCUUCAUAAACUGGUAUGUGGAGGAGCAUAUACAAAAAACGGGUGUUGCCAUUGAAACACAAGGGUUUACAUUCAUUACAAGCGGGCGCAAAAGAGAGUCAUUGACAGGAAAUGCAACAUUACAUCUUUACCCUCACUUUCGACCACUCCUCGAGUUCAAAGGUGCGCUGGAUUACCUAUCGGCUGAGAUUUCUACCUCCAAACAGAAGAAGUUUAGUUUGGUAACGUUUAUUGACACUCCAGGUUUGGUGGAUGGAGACAUGAUUUACCCUUUUGAUGUUAACAGUGCCAUCACAUGGUUAGGACAACAAUCUGACAUGAUAUUCGUAUUCUUCGACCCAAUGGGCCAGGCUCUAUGCAAGCGCACUCUCAACAUUGUAGAAAGACUGAGUGAAAGUUGUGGGGAUAAGCUAUUGUUCUACCUGAGCAAGGCAGACGAGGCUGGGAAAGAAACUGACAGACAGAGGGUUAUGAUGCAGAUUGUGCAAGAGCUGUGCCGUCGCCCUGGUCUCAAUAAAUGUGGUUUUGAGAUGCCAACAAUAUACAUCCCCAAUCCACAGAAGCCCAGUCGCUGUGAGAACCAGAUUGAUGGUGUUUGUAAGACAAUUGAAAAGGCGAUUAACCAGGCUGUACAGAAGACACUGGACCAAUUGGAAAAAGAUUGUGAUCUGAUAUCUACCUCUAUCAGCAACAGACUGGAGAAGGACCGGUCUGAUGCAUCCUACAACAAAAGUGUGCGCCUCUACUCGCUUUUAUAUGGAACUUUGGGAAUCUUUCUCCCUCUGCUGUUCAUCCUAAGUUUUAUUUUGAGUUCAUUCUCCAAAGAGCAGUUGGCAGAUCUUACUGGGGAAGGCUUGGCCCAAACCAUUUCUAUUAUAACUGGAAUAGUCCUGUUCAUUUGGGAGUGGAUACCAGAAGAUGGACAGGUUGUGUUUGUGAUUUUUUUCAUGGCUUUUUGCUACCUACUGCUUUUCUUGGCAAAGCAUUUUGCAAGACAAAGAAAUACAACUCUCUCAAAGAAAGAGAAACGGUCAUUGGCUCAAUUCAAUGAAUACAUCCAGGAAAUUGUCAAAACAAAGAAGAGCAAACUGUACGAGUGGUACCUUCAGCAAUGUGCAGCUGAAUAUGACCUGUGA